AUGACGAGUAGCACACCGGUGAGCACGCUCGAUCCGAGCACACUCGGUUUUUCGGGUUAUCGACCAUCCAAUGCGGCCGCUAUUCAACCCUCAUCAGCUGCGGCUAGCGUUGCCGCCACCUCGCAAGCCACCGCACAAUCUGCCUUCGGAGCAUCACCUUAUUUGACCGGUCAUUUUUCAAACAGCUAUCAGACUGCUCCGGAUUUCUCUAGCUUCAGUUAUAUGACAAACCCACAGUCAGCAGCUGGAUGGUACGGUGCGGCAGCGAACGAUCCCCGACUGAGUAGGUUAAACACUUUCAUUGGGUCGAUAAUCCCGUUCAAAUGGAAAUCUCUGAAACUAUGA